UAUGAUGCAUAAUUAUUCCCUUCACAUUAGUUCCAAUGAGACAGCCACGCUUCUCUCAAUCUUGUUAUUUGCCAUUCAGGUUUUAUUUUGGUGUUUACUUUGAGACGUUCGAGGACUGUUCGUUGAAAAUUCGCUUUGCUGACUCAAGGUUUCCCAUUUUCUUACACAUUUCAGCCUUUUUGUUCACUUAUUUGAUAGUGUUCACGCGGAAGAAAUUCUUGGCGUUUAUGUUAUUUUAAAAUUAUUUUCUGCUGCCAUACAGUUUAAGUUUGAAUAGAGAAUGUCUUUUGCGUCUCUCUUACUCUAUCCAUGGUGCUGAAGUUUUUGGUUUGUUUGCUUGAUAUUAGUAGACAUUGAGCAUAGCUGAUUGUUAUACAUAAGUCUUUGUGCACCUUCAACAAGAAGACUGAAUGUCUUUGUUUGCUUCGGUGUAGUUUGGCGUCGUUUAUCUGUGAUUUUGUUAAAGAAAUUGCCUCCCUCCAGUGAGUCUGUUUCUUUUAACAGGUGCCAGUUGUACAUUUCAUGAUGAUUUCCUAAUUAUUUAUUUUCUUCGCGCAUGUCGUUCCUAUGUAUGUUACCCUCCCCACAUAUGUCAUGCCCUUUGCGCUCUAUAAAUGAACGUUUCAACCAAAAGUUUUGUCUUACAGAACUUGAAAGUUUUUUUAUGGUGUUAAAUAACAUGUUACGACCUCAAAUUUCACUGACAGCCAGCCGGUACCUUAAAUGAAGAAACUUCCAGCCGGCAUAUGAAUUUCACAAAUGCACUGUAAUUUUUGGUUAAACUAAACAUCUUAUGUGAGGCAUUUACUGUAUCCACGCGGCUAGUGAAAUGGUCUCUUUGCUUAGACUUGAUAAAGAUUAUUGAUCAGUCUGUCUUUAAUUAUGUCUAGCAUCAGCAUUAAAUCGGUUCGUAGUUUCACCACAUGUAAACCAUCUGAAAAACACAGUGCGCUGUUAGAAAAACAGCAACAGCUUAAACAUUUUAUUCAUCAGGACAUAUUGAAGCAAUCAAAGAAAAUACUUUUUUCUCCGCACAAAUGUAUGACUGAUAGCUUCCACGCUGUUAAAAUGCUUGCUGAACAAUAAUUAUUUAAAAGAAAUUUGUCUUUAACUGCAGUGUUUUAGCAGAGUAAAAACUUCAGUGUGCAAAAUAUAAAGUCAGGAUUUACAGUCUAAAAAACAGAAUAAUUCAGGAAGUUUGCUUUAAAAGAAAAAUGCUUACGUUUUAUUUUUGACAUUUUUCACCUCUGCAAGGAUAAAAGUGUUGUUGUUUUAAAUAAUGUAACUGUUACAGGCUAUACAUGAAUGUAUUCAAUACAGCUUUUUCUCAGUUUUACUUAAUAUAUUUUUUUAAACAGGACGGUGGAAAUGUAAAACAGGAAAGUGCAUUAAAAAUGAAAAUAAGAAUCACAGUUUCAUUAGUGAGAGAGAGAGUCAUGACAUCAUGGAAUAUAGGUUUGGCACUUCAUACAAUAUUUAUAAUUUAAAUGCUCCAGCUUAUAGUUUUUUGUGGAAUGACUUGAAAUAUAAAAUUAAUUUGAAAACAUGAAGCUCUUGAAGGAAAAAUGGUUUAGUUUGGUGUUGACCUACCCUGCUAGCAGUUGUAUAUAAUUAUCUGGCAAACUUAAUUUAUCUCUUUGUUCUCACAAAGUUUUUGUAGAUUCGACUGGCAAUUUUCAAUGAAUAUGUCUCUGUUUGAAAUUAAAUCAUACUGUUGUGUUGUUAUACCUAGAGAAAUACUCAUGGUGUCAGUGUGUACCAGCAAACGAGAGACUGCAAUAAUACCCCACCCUUCACUAUCUACGACUUUCAACCUCGAAUCUGUAGUUGCAGUUGUUUUUCGCAAAACGUUGGGUGAUUUUUUCGCUUAUAGAAGGAAAUUGGUCAUUGUAGAUCUUACUAUACAAAACUGCUAGCAAAAUUUGUUUUUUUCCGCAGUAGCAAUGGGAUACAGCGUAUAUGCGCUGCGCUGCGGCCUUGCUUAUAUGUAUAUUAUCUUCGGGACCGUGAGUGGAGACGUGAGCUAUUCUAUGCCAGAGGAGAUAAAACGUGGAUCUAUAAUUGGAAAUAUCGCUAAGGAUCUGGGACUUGAUUUGGGCAGACUGUCCGCUCGAAAGCCUCGUAUAGAUACAGAGGAUAGCGGUGUCAAGUACUGCAGCGUAAAUCUCAAUACUGGCGAGUUAAUUGUACAAGAAAGGAUCGACCGAGAGGGGCUUUGUGCGAAAAAGGCGUCGUGUGUUCUGAAACAGGAGCUAGUGCUGGAAAAUCCUUUAGAACUGCACCGCAUUCAUAUCCGCGUUCAAGACAUCAACGAUAACUCACCACAGUUUAAAGAGGAAUCACUUAAGAUUGAAAUACAGGAGUCAGCGGAUAAAGGCGAACGUUUUCUUGUCGGAGAAGCUCACGACGCGGACAUCGGAGAAAAUGCUGUUCAGGGCUAUUCACUUCAGCAGAAUGAUCAUUUCAAACUAAAUGUGAACACAAAGGCGAGUGGUCGUAAAUACUGUGAACUAGUCUUAGACAAAGAACUAGACAGGGAAGACAAAAAAGAGAUUGCGCUGUUACUUACCGCCUUCGAUGGAGGCUCUCCACAGAGAUCAGGCACUGUAGUCAUACACGUCACUGUACUGGAUGCUAAUGAUAAUGUACCAGUCUUUGGUCAGAAUGUCUAUACAGCAAGUCUGCCUGAAAACUCUCCUCUGGAAGCAUUAGUAAUCACAGUGAGUGCCAAUGAUCCAGAUGAAGGUUUAAAUAGCGAAAUUACUUAUGGAUUUGAUCAUGUUUCAGAUGAAAACAGCGAUGUGUUUUCAUUAAACCCCAGAACUGGAGAAGUGAGAGUAGCUGGAGCAAUUGAUUACGAGAAAGUAUCAUCAUAUGAAAUGCAGAUAAGCGCUAAAGAUGGAUUAGGGUUAGUUUCAUAUUCAACAUUAAGUAUUGAAGUCACUGACGUGAACGACAAUGCACCAGUAAUACAUCUUAAGUCAAUGUCUAACCCCAUGCCCGAGAACGCCCCACCUGGUACAGAGGUGGGCAUCAUUAACGUGCAGGACAGAGAUUCUGAGAAUAACCGACAGGUCCGCUGCUCCAUCCAGCAGGGUGUCCCCUUUAAGUUGGUUCCUUCUAUUAAAAACUAUUAUUCUCUGGUCACCACGGGACAACUGGACCGUGAACUAGUGUCUGAUUACAACAUUACAAUCACUGCCACUGACGAGGGCUCUCCACCUCUGUCCUCUUCUAAAAGUGUUCAGUUAUCUGUAGCUGACAUCAACGACAACCCACCUGUGUUUGAGGAACAGUCGUACAACGCAUAUGUGAGUGAGAAUAACAAACCUGGCUCCACUUUAUGUUCCGUUAGUGCUCGAGACCCCGACUGGAGACAGAACGGUACAGUGGUUUAUUCUCUGUUAGCUGGUGAGGUGAACGGUGCCCCGGUGUCCUCGUAUCUGUCUGUGAACGGAGACACGGGUGUGAUCCACGCUGUGAGGUCCUUUGAUUAUGAACAGUUCAGGAGUUUUAAAGUCCACGUGAUAGCCAGAGACAACGGUUCUCCUCCUCUCAGCAACAACGUGACCGUGAGUGUGUUCAUCUCAGAUGUGAAUGACAACUCUCCUCAGAUCCUGUACCCAUCCCCAGAGGGCAACUCCUUCAUGACCGAGCUGGUCCCCAAAGCUGCACACGGAGGCUCUCUGGUGUCCAAAGUGAUCGCGGUGGACGCAGACUCCGGACAGAACGCCUGGCUGUCCUAUCAAAUAGUCAAAUCCACUGAUCCGGGACUUUUUACUAUUGGUGUCCACAGCGGAGAGAUCAGGACACAGCGGGACAUUUCUGAAUCUGACAGCAUGAAACAGAACCUUGUAGUGGCAGUGAAAGAUAACGGACAGCCCUCUCUGUCUGCCACCUGUUCCAUGUAUUUACUUAUUUCUGAUAACUUGGCGGAAGUGCCAGAACUGAAGGAUCUGUCUUAUAAUGAGAGCAAUUCCAAACUGACUUCUUAUCUGAUCAUCGCGCUGGUGUCUGUGUCCACGUUUUUUCUGACUUUUAUCAUCAUCAUCCUGGGUUUGAGGUUUUGUCGCAGGAGAAAGCCCAGACUGUUGUUUGAUGGAGCAGUUGCCAUCCCCAGCGGUUAUCUUCCUCCUAAUUACGCAGAUGUUGAUGGCACAGGAACUUUACGCAGCACUUACAAUUAUGACGCCUACCUGACCACAGGUUCAAGAACCAGUGACUUUAAGUUUGUGACAUCAUACAAUGACAACACGCUGCCUGCUGACCAGACUCUGAAGAAAAGCCCAUCAGACUUUGCUGAUGUCUUUGGAGAUAGUGAUAGGACUCCUGAGGUAGGAGGAUGCCCUUUGCCCCAUUUUCAUUAUUUUUUUUCUCUCACUUGCAUUAAAGUUUUGUUGAUAGAUAUUUAAAUAAGCCAACUUUCUUUCCUAACAAUAACGGUGUUAAUGUACAAAAAAUUACAAUCCUUUUAUUUUGGUUCUACCUUCAUUGUUAUUUAGUCUGUGUGUUUCAUAUUGUCUCUGUCUUUCUUUGUUGCAUUCUCCCUCACUGAUGUGUCUUUCCCUGUGGUAAAAUUUUCUAGAAGAGUAACAUUUUCGGUUAACAUUUUCAUGUUUUGCUUUAUUUUGGUGUUUUGGUUGAAGCACAGCCAUAAAGCUGGUUUUUAGCAUUUUUGGUCCAACUCCUUCCUCCCACAAAACCUACCUUGAGAGAAAGUUUCAUCUUAUUGCAUCAUAUCUAUAGGCUUGACUUUUUUCUUGGUAUUCAUUUUCCCGGUAGUCCAGCAGUUUUUUACUGAUCAAAUGUGUUUCGACUUCCACACGUAUUAUUUUUUUAUCUAUUUAAAGACUUUAAGGUUAUGUGGUUGAAACAUUAAGUUCUAUAUAAGUUUUUUUUCUCAUAUAGAUGAUGGAAAACAAAUGCAACAGGUCUGAAGACUUGACAGAAAGAAAGGCUUCUCUAAUAACAAUAUAAACUAGUGAUUAAUAGGCUUAGUAACACCCUACAAUGUAACUCAGUGUAAGUAAUCAGCCUUACUAUACUGCUAAAAUUGUUAAUACAUUUUCCUCAAUACUCCUUGAUCAUUUUUGAAUAGAAAAUAUUAUCAUUGGCCAUGUUUACAAAAUUAUAUUAUUUCUCAUAGAUGACACAGUUAAUAAUCAUUCUAUUUACUUAUUUUAUAGAACCAUAAUCCUGAGAAUUAUGUUUUGUUUUGUUUUUGUUUGUGUAGCACAUUGUUAUAUACAGCAUGGUCUAAAAGAUGGAUGCAUACACCUUCUUUUUUGUUAGGAAAAGUUGGUCUUUUAGUGGUCUUUCAAAGCUUUGGUGUUGACAAAAAUAGUUAUUAACAUUUCUCUUGAGAGUGGCUUAAUAUUUCUCCUUUGUCAGCGUGAAGUUGGUUCAUCACAGGUGUCCUACCCCAGAGUAGGCACUCCCACAGAGUUUAUAUUAUUCUCACUCAUAUUGUACUGUAAAUAUGAUAUAUUGCAUUUUCAUUUUCUCUCCUAUUGUGAUACUUUCACACUCUUCUUUUCCUGAAAGAAAUAUCACACUUAAAUUAACUUAAAAAUAGGACUUUUGCCAGUUGCCCAAUACAAAAUAUAUUUAUGUUUGAAACAGACCCAAACUGUGUAUCCUUGUCUUGCACUUGCUCUCUCUCUCUCUCUCUGACUGUAUGCUUGUGUUUUACUUAGCAAUUCUGCAUCUGAUGAAGUUUCUUUUCUGUCUCUCAGCUGAGUGUAAUAAGCUUCUGAUGAUACGGUCAGUUUAGUGAUCAGGCUUUAUAUGCAACUUGUUAACAUCUAGUUCAAAGUGUUUUUUUUUUUGUGGUUAACUGUUCUAGAAAAACAUUCAGCCUAGCAACAAUUCAGUGCAGUUAAAUCCCCGCUUUGUUUUAGAAUUUCAGUCUGACUUGUGACACUUUUACUCAGUUCGGAUAUUACCUCAAAAUCACAGUACUAAUAAGUAAAUUCUGGCCUAAUGUAAAUUUGAGGUACCAUCACAUUUAUGAGAUUAGCAAAGGCUUCAGGGAAUUUGUUAGUUUAUUUUAAAAAGUUCAGAUGACUCAGUAAAAUCCACAUAAAUUUCACCUUAAUGCAUGCAAUAGUAGCUGGGAUACAACUGAAAGAAAUCUGACUUCCAACAGAAAAAUUUACUGAAUAAUUGCUUAGUUGCUAAAACAAAACAAUUUUUUAUGAAAGGAUACUAAAUUUCAGACUGCAUCCUCAGUCUUGAUUCAGUUAUUUAAAAAAAAAACAAAAAAACCAACCAACAUUAAUUUUCUUUUGUCUGAGAAGAAAAGAAACAGGUGAAUCGGCCAGUUUCCUUUUUAGUGUAUUUAAAAAAAAAGUUUUUUUUAAGCAGUCAUAAAAAUUCAGUUUGAUGUUAGUAUACUGAACUUGGAUAAUAUGGGUUUUUUAAUCUUUCUGUCUUGAUUUUUCAUGUAUUUUACAAUUUUAUUUAUUUAUUUUUUCCUGUGCUUUGUGUCCUAUGGGACAUUAACAACGUUAACCUUGGUCAUAAUUUAAAUAGGUAAACUCAAUGCGUGUGAUUACGUUGG